CACGGUCAUGUAUUCUGGUUAAUCGGUGUCGGCAAAAAUGGUACAAUUCCAGAUUAUGAUUCUGUAAAUACUAAAAAUCCGAUAGAACGUGAUACUGCAACUGUUCCUGCUGGAGGAUGGCUCAUCGCUAGAUUUGUGUCAAAUAACCCUGGUGUAUGGGGAUUUCACUGUCAUAUUGAGUGGCAUGUACAAGCAGGUUUGGUUAUGGCAUUCAUCGCACAACCGGAUAAAAUUAAAAAAUUAAAAGCACCUGAUGAUUGGAAAGAAUUAU